AUGGCUUUUGACCUACGAGCAAUUAUCUCUGAAUAUUCCCUGUGGCCGCAGGUGCCCAUCUGGAAGGUCGCCCCUCCCUUGACCUUUCUAUGGGCUGCUCUCCAGAUCAACCGAUACCUCAAUAGUCGCGCUCUUAACAAUGGCGUUCAGGCAAUAUUUGAUUGGAAGAAAGAGAUAAUUAUCGUUACGGGGGGCUCAGAUGGCAUUGGGGCAGCGACGGUCCUGAAGCUGGCUGAGCGUGGGACGGCUGUGAUCGUGCUGGACAUCCGGCCAUUGAAGUAUGAUGCUCCGAAAAAUGUGCACUACUAUAGAUGCGACUUGACGAACCGGUCUGAGCUGGAAUCGGUCGCCGAGACUCUCCGUCGGGAGGUUGGUACGCCCACCUGCGUUGUGGCUAACGCAGGCAUCUGUCGCGGCAAGCCCUUGCUCCACGCUACGCCACGAGAUGUUGAAUUGACAUUUGCAGUGAACAAUCUGGGUCUAGUUUGGACGGCACAGACUUUUCUUCCAGACAUGGUAGCGCAAAAUCACGGCCACUUCCUGAUCAUGGCCUCGCAGACAGCCCAUCUGGCUACGGCGGGUGUGGUAGACUAUGCCGCGACAAAAGCCGGGGCAUUAGCCAUCUACGAAGGUCUCCAGACAGAACUGCGCCACAUCUACCAUGCGCCUGCGGUACGGAUGUCGUGCGUCUCCCCGUCGGCUGUGCAGACCAAGAUGUUUCGCGGCAUUCAGACGCCUGCCUCUGUGUCACUUUUGCAGCCGGCUGACGUUGGCUCGGUCGUCGCGGAGAUUCUUUGGAGUGGGAAAGCACAAAAUCGGAUGACGCCAGCCCUGGCUUAUAUCUCGCCACCAACGAGAGCACUUCCUGAUUGGAUGCGGGUAGGAUUUCAAGAUCUAGGGAAGGAUGUCAUGUCGACUCUUUCACCUCAUCAGCCAAUGGAUGAAAUAUAG